AUGUUGGCUAACAAUAUCACCUCAACUCAUCCAGUGGCCUUCUUGUUGAUGGGGAUUCCAGGCCUAGAGCACUUACAUAUUUGGAUCUCCAUCCCCUUCUGCUCAGCCUAUACCUUGGCUAUGCUUGGUAACUGCACCCUUCUUUUCAUCAUUCGGGUUGAUGCAGCCCUCCAUGAGCCCAUGUAUCUCUUUCUGGCCAUGUUGGCAGCAAUAGAUCUGGUCCUUUCCUCUUCAACACUGCCCAAAAUGCUUGCCCUAUUCUGGUUCAGGGAUCGAGAGAUCAAUUUCCAUGCCUGCCUGGUUCAAAUGUUCUUUCUCCAUUCCUUUGCUAUCAUGGAGUCAGCAAUGUUGCUGGCCAUGGCCUUUGACCGUUAUGUGGCCAUCUGCAAACCCCUGCACUACACCACAAUUCUGACCAAACCCCUCAUCAUCAAGAUUGGCCUGGCUGCUGUCACUCGGGCUGUGACAUUAAUGACUCCACUCCCCUUUCUGCUCAGACGCUUCCACUACUGUCGAGGGACAGUGAUUGCUCACUGCUACUGUGAACACAUGGCUGUGGUAAGACUGGCAUGUGGGGACACACGAUUCAACAACAUCUAUGGCAUUGCUGUGGCCAUGUUUAUUGUGGUGCUGGACCUGCUCUUUGUUAUCUUGUCUUAUGUCUUCAUCCUUCGUGCUGUUCUCCAGCUUGCCUCUCAGGAGGCCCGCUACAAGGCCUUUGGGACAUGUGUGUCUCAUAUAGGUGCCAUCUUAGCCUUCUACACACCUGUAGUCAUCUCCUCAGUCUUGCAUCGUGUAGCUCGUAGGGCUGCUCCUCAUGUCCACAUACUCUUUGCAAAUUUCUAUCUGCUGUUUCCACCCAUGGUCAAUCCUAUUAUCUAUGGUGUCAAGACCAAGCAGAUUCGAGAGCGGGUCUUAGGACUCUUCCUCAGAAAGGAUGUCAAAGGAGGGUGAGGGGCAGUUGAAGAAGGAAGUGGGCACAGGGUGUGAUGGGAA